AUGGCAUCGCUUCUAGUCAAAACUAGAUAUCUGCGACAGUGCUGUUCAAAUCUCAAAUGCGCCCCGGGUCUUUCGACGUCAGCAAUAUUGCAUGGUGAUGCCCCGCUGAAAAGCAGCGACUUGACGCUGCUGAAGCCCGAAGAAAUCGAGCAGCGAAAAAAGUUGCAAGGUUACAUAACCGUUGAGGGACCUCAAACUGAAUUGGCUCUAAUCAGUGGAGUGCCCGAAGAUCAAGUCAAAACCCGUAAAGUGAGGAUCUACGAGCCAGCUAAAAAUUGCAUGCAAAGUGGUACUAAUAACAUUGGCCAUUGGGAGAUGGAUUUUGAUACCAAAGAACGUUGGGAGAAUCCUUUAAUGGGCUGGUGUUCAACAGGCGAUCCAUUGUCCAACAUGAAAGUUCAAUUUGCCAACAAGGAAGAAGCAGUCGAAUAUUGUGAGAAAAAUGGUUGGGAUUGGUACAUUCAAGAGAGCAAACUGGAUAAACCGUUCAAGCCAAAAUCUUAUGGUGUCAACUUUGCUUGGAAUAAGCGUACCAGAGUGUCUACCAAGUGA